AUGCGACUGUGGCAAGCCCCGAGCGCGUCGCUCGUCCUCACGACCCUCGCACUCACCGCCUCCCUCGCCAAGGCCGCCAGUCACCGCCCGCCACCGCUUCACGCGCGCGCCCUUUCGCAUCCACAAGACCUCUCGAUCUACAUCAUCCCCCGUGCGCAACUACCUGCCUCACGAUCGCCUUUCGAGCGGAGAAGCGGCGAGUCCGUCGAGCGAGGGGGAGGGCGAGGGGUCGUGCGAUUGACAGCCGGAGGGAAUCCAGCGUGGGAUGAUCGUUUCCUGCUUUCGUUCAUCGCGCACGACGGAGAACCCGUCACGCUCUCGCUCCGGCCGACGGCGGACCUUGUCCCGACAAAUGGGGUCAAGAGUGUUGAGCGAUGGUCGGACGACGAGACGGGCGAAUGGAAGGAGCAUGUGACGGUCCUUGCGAGGGAGAGUGUCAAGGCCUACGAGGGAUGGGUGCUAGAUGAGGAGGCGGACGUGCACAAGUGGGUCAAGGAGGAGCAGGCGGGUCUCGUGCGAGGCGCGGACGCAGGUUCAGGUUGGGCUAGGAUCGUCGUCCUAUCGACGCCAGACGAGGAGCAGAACCUGAGAUUCCAGGGUACCUACUCGAAGGGCGGCGAGAUGUUCACGAUUCACUCGACCGAGCAGUACCUCCGCACGAAGGACGACCUCGACCCCGAGCCGCCGCUCGUGACGCCGUCCAGACGAUCUCGCCGGGCGAUCGGAGGCGCAGACGAUGCUGUGCUCGCGCCGAGACACCCAGCGAUGGUUAUCGUCCGCGAAAGCGCGACGCUCAGCCCGGUCGAGCACAUCUCCGCCUUGCGCAAACGAGGGCUUCCUCUUCCCGAUCCGGCGACCCUCUCUACCGCCUCGUCUUGCUCGCACGACUCUCUGCCGUUCAACGUCGACCCCGCACACCCCGUCUACGCCAACUCGCAUCACCUUCUCGAAACCUAUUCCAACUCGUCCUCCCUUUCCUCGCCCUGGCUCUCGUUCCUCUCGUCGCCCUCGAUCCAGCCAUUCACUCCAGCCGACCACUCGACGCCCUUCAACUCGUACCGCUACGUCCCUUCCGACCGCCAUCGGAAACGUCAAGGCGACGACAUCAGCGGAGGGAGCGGAUCGUCGUCCAACUUCAUCAACUCGAUUGGCUCGACGACCGGCUGCCCGAAGCAGAACGUCGUCCUGUUCGUCGGUGUUGCGGCAGACUGCACCUACACGACUGCACAGCGGUCUAGCGACGCUGCUCGCCAGCAGAUCUUGACCGACUUCAACAGCGUCUCGGCGUUGUACCAGCGCUCCUUUAACGUUUCGAUCGGCAUCGUCGAACUCGCCGUCAUGAACUCGACCUGCCCGUCAUCGUCCAGCCAGGUCGACCGCUCCAACCCGUGGAAUCUGCCGUGCCAGUCCGGCUCAACCGGCGGGACUGGCAGCAGCAUCGGCGUCGACCUCAACACGCGCCUCAGUAUCUUCUCGCAGUGGCGUGGCGACAAGGGCGCGCACGACGGCGCAGGAUUGUGGCAUCUGCUUACGACCUGCCAAACCGGCAGCGAAGUCGGCGUCGCUUGGCUCGGCCAGCUCUGCCGGACCGCCUCUUCGAGCCAAGGUGGUCAGACGACGAGCGGUACAGGCGUGACGGCAGCAACUCGCAGCGAGUGGCAGGUCAUCGCGCAUGAGAUCGGACACAACUUUGGAGCCAUCCACGACUGCGCGAGCGGGUGCUCUCUGAGCGGCAACUGCUGUCCGCUCUCGUCGUCGACUUGCGACGCCAACGCCAACUAUAUAAUGUCGCCCGUCUCGGAGAAGAACGUUUCCGCCUUCUCGCCCUGCUCGGUCGGCAACAUCUGCACGACCCUCUCAAGCUCGCUGAACACGACCUGCCUCGCGACGCCCGGCGCCUCCGGCAACCCCAGCAUCAUCUCCCUUCGGAGCUGCGGCAACGGCAUUGUAGAGAGCGGGGAAGAGUGCGACCCCGGCAGCGAUACGAACGACCCUUGUUGCGACGCUUCAACCUGCAAGUUCCGCUCCGGCGCCGUCUGCGACCCGAAGAACUCGCUCUGUUGCACGACCCAGUGCCAGAUCGCGAACAACGGCACCGUCUGUCGUCCUUCGGUCGAUUCACAGUGCGACAUCGCCGAGGUCUGCGACGGCUCGAGCGCUAGUUGUCCGGCCGACUCGUACAAGAAGGACGGCACUGGAUGUGGCGGCGGUCUUUCGUGCGCAUCGGGCGUUUGCACCAGCCGCGACCAGCAGUGCCGCAACGCCGGAGCGUCGAUGGGUCUCACGAGGGCGUGCCCGACUUCUGCGUCCUCAUCCUGCAGCAUCAUCUGCCAAGACCCAUCGUCAUCCUCAAGCUGCAUCAUCCUCGACCAAAGCUUCCGCGAUGGUACCGCCUGCCAGAACGGUGGACGCUGCAAGAGCGGGUCGUGCAACAGCGGCUCGGCGCUCGACACGGCGAAAGGCUGGUAUCGCGACCACCUCCAGAUCGCGAUUCCCGUCACCAUCGUCGUCGGCUUGAUCGUUCUUGCCAUCUUGUGGGCGAUUCUUCGCUGCCUGUGCUGCCGAGGCGGUCGCGCCAAACCCGCCAAGGGGCAGUCGUACUCGUCGGCGUACGCGACCGGUCCGCCGCAAAUGGCGCAGAACGCCCCGUAUGGCUACUACCCUUCGAAUGCGCCGCAGCAGCAAGGAGGAUACUACGCUCCUCCGCCCGGUCCCCCUCCAGCUCGCCUACGUCGAUAG